AUGGAAGACAAAAUUGAACAUACAGGGGAAGAAAGGGUUGAAAAGGAAGAAUCCCAUGUAGUGAUCAAGACCAAGGAUGCACAACCAGGUGACUUAAAGAAGGAGAAGGCUGAGGUGGAACUUGAAUUAAAGACCAAGUCAGUGGUAAAAGAGAAGCCGAAACAUAAAAAGGAUGGGGAGAAACAUAUUGAUAAAGAUGAGAAGAAAUCAAAGAAGAAGGAGAAAGACAUAACCAAGAAGGAAAAGAAGAAAGAAAACAACAGUGGCAAAGAGAAGGACGAGGAAGAGAAAGAGAGCGACGGGGAUAAAAAGAAGGACAAGGAAGAGAAGAAGAAGAAAAAGGAGAAGAACAAAGAUAUUAUAGGCUCAGAAGAUAAAGUAGAUGAUAGAGAGGGGGAAGAAAAAGAUAAAAAGAAGAAAAAUAAAAAAGAGAAGAAGGAAAAGGGUAAAGAUUUAGACGAAGGGGAAGAAGAGAUUGAAGGCAAGGAUGCUUAUAAACACAAAGAGAAAGAUAUGGAUGAAAAAGAGUCGAAGAAGGAAAAGAAGGAUAAGGUCAAGGUGAAAGAAGAUGAAGAGAAAAGGAAGGACACAGAUAAAAAAGAGGAGGAUGUGGAUAAUGUGGAUGAGGAAAAAGAAGGGAAUAAGAAAAAGAAGAAAGAGAAGAAAGGGAAGGGACAUGAGAAUGAUGAUGAUGGAACAGAGAAGAAAAAUGAUGAGGAAAAGGUUGAUGACAUUAAAAAAGAAGGGAAGAAGAAGAAAGAUGUGGAGGACAAAAAGAAGAAACACAAGGGUGAUGAUGAUGAGAAGGAGAAGAAAAAGGAUGAGGAAAAAGACGAUGACAACAAAAAAGAAGGGAAGAAGCAGAAAGAUGUGGAGGAGAAAAAGAAGAAACACAAGGGUGAUGAUGAUGAGAAGGAGAAGAAAAAGGAUGAGGAAAAAGACAAUGACAGCAAAAAAGAAGGGAAGAAGAAGAAAGACAAAGAUGAUAAAAAGAAGAAACACAAGGGUGAUGAUGAUGGGAACGAGAAGAAGGACAAGAAAAAAGAAGAGAAAAUAGACAAGAAGGAGAGAAAGGAGAAACACAAUAAUGUAGAGGAUGAGGAAAAGACCAAGGUUGAAGUUACUUCUAGGGAGAUUGAAAUAGAAGAACAUGUCAAGGAAUCAGAGGGUGAAAUGGAGGAACAGAGCCAGAAAGAUGAAGUAAAGGAAGGUAAAGAGAAGAAAGACAAAGAUAAAAAGGAGAAGGGCGAGAAGAAAAGAAAAGUUGAUAAGAAGGACAAGUCCAAGGAUGUUGGAAAGUUGAAACAGAAGCUAGAGAAGAUUAAUGGCAAAAUAGAAGCCCUUCGUGAAACAAAGUUAGACAUCAUGAGGCAGAUAAAAGAAGCUGAAGGUGAAAGUCUCACUCUUGCUGAGAAGCCCACAGAUGCGGCACUGGCGGCCACUGAUGGAGUAUAA